CCAUAUAUAACUUAUACUUCUGUGUUUACAAGUGUGCAGAAAAUUCAGGACUUUUGUUAUAUUUGUAAACACAGAUAAAAGAAAAUCAAAUUAUUUCGCUUUAGAAAGCUGUUUUUUAAGUUUUAGAUUAUUCCUUAUUACAAAAGGGUUUGUAGGUUUCUUAGUGAAAAUUGUUAGAAGAAAAAAAACAAAAACGCAUGAUAAUCCAACAUGGCUGCCUCAAAAAAACAAACGAAAAAAAACACUCCCUUGGUGUAAACAAAGAAAUCGAAAUUUAUGGAAAAGGUGAUAGUUUACGUAUAAAGCUAUUUGACAUUAAAAUUACGACGGCAAAAAUGAUGUAUACAAUUAGACUUGGAAUUUUAUCACGUUAGUCUUUUCGUGAAUGCAUUAAGUUACGACUUUAACAACAAAUGGAUUUUUUUAUUUAAUACAUUUGAAUAAUUUAAGGCAUUAUUUCAAUUUAAAAGAUAAAUCUAAUAAAAUAGUAGUGGGGCAAAAAAUAUUUGUAAAAUUAGAGAAACUUCUAAAAUGAGCUUUUUUUCUUUUUUUUUUUACAGAACUGCUGUGGCUGAAUGUAAUGAAUUUACUUCAUGUUAAUAUGAAGGGUAGCGUUUUAUUUAAAGUGAAACUUGGGGAAAUAUAUAUAUUUUUUAAAUUUCCUGAGGGUUCUUGUUGUACGGUGUGAGUGUCCUUGUUCCAGAGCUGCUGGAUGUUUCCGGGGCUGUGAAGCCGCUGAGCCGUUUCCGCCGCCAUUGCGGAUUUUGCUCAGAAGAUCAGCGGUAGCCGCUGCUAUCCAUCUAUGCGGUGCUGAAAGCGCGAACAGAAGGGCGGAGACGACUUACAUCAUAGCUGACUCCAGUUUUCGGAGUUAAAGCUCUUAACGUCACUGCUGACUUACAUUUUGGCCGUGUUUUAUUUUUCUGCUUGGCUCCGACCUACACGAACAGUGCGGAGGUCGUAGCUAGCGCGGUGCUACUGCCCUGCUAGCUAUCGAGCUGCACGGCUACGUUUCAUCAGGACUCCGGAGAAGCUCCGUAGGAAACCGCCAUGGCUCAAAUCCUGCCCAUCCGCUUCCAGGAGCACCUGCAGCUCCAGAACCUGGGCAUAAACCCAGCCAACAUUGGUUUCAGCACGCUGACAAUGGAGUCAGACAAGUUCAUCUGCGUGAGGGAAAAAGUUGGAGAGCAGGCCCAGGUCGUCAUAAUAGAUAUGGCAGAUCCUAACAAUCCCAUCCGCCGGCCCAUAUCUGCAGACAGCGCCAUCAUGAACCCUGCCAGCAAAGUGAUUGCCCUCAAAGACGCUGCAAAGACCCUGCAGAUCUUCAACAUUGAGAUGAAGAGCAAGAUGAAGGCUCACACCAUGACAGACGACGUGACCUUCUGGAAGUGGAUCUCCCUCAACACCGUGGCGCUGGUCACUGACAACGCCGUGUAUCACUGGAGCAUGGAGGGAGACUCUCAGCCAAUCAAAGUUUUUGACCGACACUCCAGCCUGGCAGGCUGCCAGAUCAUCAACUACCGCACUGACGCCAAACAGAAGUGGCUGCUGCUCAUUGGCAUCUCAGCACAGCAAAACCGUGUGGUCGGAGCCAUGCAGCUGUACUCAGUGGACAGAAAGGUUUCUCAGCCCAUCGAGGGUCAUGCCGCCGGCUUUGCUCAGUUCAAGAUGGAGGGCAACACCGAGGAGUCCACCCUGUUCUGCUUUGCUGUGCGAGGACAGGCGGGAGGAAAACUGCAUAUCAUUGAAGUGGGAACUCCACCCACUGGGAAUCAGCCGUUUCCAAAGAAAGCUGUUGAUGUUUUCUUCCCUCCAGAAGCUCAGAAUGACUUUCCUGUCGCCAUGCAGAUCAGCUCAAAGCAGGACGUCGUCUUUCUCAUCACCAAAUACGGCUACAUUCACCUGUACGACCUGGAAACUGGAACCUGCAUCUACAUGAACAGGAUCAGCGGAGAGACCAUUUUUGUCACCGCCCCACACGAGCCCACCGCUGGUAUCAUUGGGGUCAACAGGAAAGGACAGGUGUUGUCAGUGUGCGUGGAGGAGGAGAACAUCAUUCCGUACAUCACUAACGUGCUUCAGAACCCAGACCUAGCCCUCCGCAUGGCCGUCCGUAAUAACCUUGCCGGAGCUGAAGAGCUGUUUGCUCGCAAGUUCAACACUCUCUUCGCAGCAGGAAACUACUCAGAGGCUGCCAAGGUCGCAGCCAAUGCACCCAAGGGAAUUCUGCGUACCCCAGACACCAUCCGUCGCUUCCAGAGUGUUCCAGCUCAACCGGGUCAGACGUCUCCUCUGCUCCAGUACUUUGGCAUCUUGCUGGAUCAAGGCCAGCUCAAUAAGUUUGAGUCUCUGGAGCUCUGCAGGCCAGUCCUCCAGCAGGGCCGGAAGCAGCUACUGGAGAAGUGGCUGAAGGAGGACAAGCUGGAGUGCUCUGAGGAGCUCGGGGACUUGGUGAAGUCUGUGGAUCCCACUCUUGCUCUCAGUGUGUAUCUCAGAGCAAAUGUUCCCAACAAAGUCAUUCAGUGCUUUGCAGAGACCGGACAGUUCCAGAAGAUUGUUCUUUACGCCAAGAAGGUCGGCUACACUCCAGACUGGAUCUUUCUGCUGAGGAAUGUGAUGCGGAUCAGUCCGGAGCAAGGACUUCAGUUCUCACAGAUGCUAGUUCAGGAUGAGGAGCCAUUAGCUGACAUCACACAGAUCGUCGACGUGUUCAUGGAGUACAACCUGAUCCAGCAGUGCACGUCCUUCCUCCUGGAUGCCCUGAAGAAUAACAGACCCAUGGAAGGACCACUGCAGACACGCUUGCUGGAAAUGAAUCUGGUCCACGCCCCACAGGUUGCAGAUGCUAUCCUUGGAAAUCAGAUGUUUACCCACUACGAUCGACCACACGUGGCACAGCUGUGCGAGAAGGCCGGUCUCCUGCAGAGGGCGCUGGAGCAUUAUACUGACCUGUACGACAUAAAGCGUGCGGUGUUGCACACACUCCUGCUGAGCCCAGAGUGGCUGGUGAACUUCUUUGGCUCCCUCUCAGUGGAGGACUCUCUGGAGUGUCUGAGAGCCAUGCUGUCUGCAAACAUUCGCCAGAACCUGCAGAUAUGUGUGCAGGUGGCCUCCAAGUACCACGAGCAGCUCUCCACUCAGUCCCUCACUGAACUUUUUGAGUCGUUCAAAAGCUUUGAAGGUUUGUUUUAUUUCCUGGGUUCCAUCGUGAACUUCAGCCAGGAUCCUGAGGUCCAUUUCAAAUACAUCCAGGCCGCCUGCAAGACUGGCCAGAUCAAAGAGGUGGAGAGAAUCUGCAGAGAGAGCAACUGCUACGACCCUGAACGCGUCAAAAACUUCCUGAAGGAAGCGAAGCUGACUGACCAACUGCCUCUGAUUAUCGUGUGCGAUCGCUUUGAUUUCGUCCACGACCUGGUCCUGUACCUCUACCGUAACAGCCUCCAGAAAUACAUUGAGAUCUAUGUGCAGAAGGUGAACCCGAGCCGCCUGCCGGUGGUCAUUGGUGGCCUGCUGGACGUGGACUGCGCCGAGGAUGUGAUCAAGAACCUGAUCAUGGUGGUGAGGGGACAGUUCUCCACAGACGAACUCGUUGCUGAAGUGGAGAAAAGAAAUCGACUGAAGCUCUUACUGCCGUGGCUGGAGGCGCGUAUACACGAGGGCUGCGAGGAGCCCGCUACCCACAAUGCCCUGGCAAAGAUCUACAUCGACAGCAAUAACAACCCCGAGAGAUUCCUGAGGGAAAACCCCUACUACGACAGCCGUGUGGUGGGAAAGUACUGCGAGAAGAGGGACCCUCACCUGGCCUGUGUGGCCUAUGAGAGAGGACAGUGUGACCAGGAACUGAUUCAUGUCUGCAACGAGAACUCUCUGUUUAAGAGUCUGUCCCGCUACCUUGUACGUCGCAAGAACCCAGAGUUGUGGGCCAAUGUGCUGCUGGAGACCAAUAACUACAGAAGACCACUCAUCGACCAGGUCGUUCAAACAGCAUUGUCAGAGACUCAAGAUCCAGAGGAAGUGUCCGUCACGGUCAAGGCCUUCAUGACUGCUGAUCUUCCCAACGAGCUCAUUGAACUGCUGGAGAAGAUCGUGCUGGAUAACUCCGUGUUCAGCGAGCACAGGAACCUCCAGAACCUGCUCAUCCUGACGGCCAUUAAAGCUGAUCGCACUCGUGUCAUGGAGUACAUCAACCGUCUGGACAACUACGACGCUCCCGACAUCGCAAACAUCGCCAUCAGUAAUGAGCUGUUCGAGGAGGCGUUUGCUAUUUUUAGAAAGUUUGAUGUGAACACCUCUGCAGUGCAGGUUCUCAUCGAGCACAUCGGUAACCUGGACAGAGCCUAUGAGUUUGCAGAACGCUGCAACGAGCCGCCAGUGUGGAGUCAGUUGGCCAAAGCCCAGCUCCAGAAGGGCCUCGUCAAAGAAGCCAUCGACUCCUACAUCAAGGCCGACGACCCCUCUGCUUACAUGGAAGUGGGACAAGCAGCGGCCCAGAGCGGGAACUGGGAGGACCUGGUGAAGUUUCUGCAGAUGGCUCGUAAAAAGGCCCGUGAGUCUUAUGUGGAGACGGAGCUGAUCUUUGCCCUGGCUAAGACCAACCGCCUCGCCGAGCUUGAAGAGUUCAUCAACGGACCCAACAACGCCCACAUUCAGCAGGUGGGCGAUCGCUGCUAUGACGAGAAGAUGUACGAAGCAGCCAAACUGCUCUAUAACAACGUCUCUAACUUUGGCCGUUUGGCCUCCACCCUGGUCCACCUGGGAGAGUACCAGGCCGCUGUGGACGGAGCCCGCAAGGCCAACAGCACCCGCAUCUGGAAGGAGGUGUGUUUCGCUUGUGUCGAUGGGAAGGAGUUCCGUCUCGCCCAGAUGUGUGGACUCCACAUUGUUGUCCAUGCAGAUGAACUGGAGGAGCUCAUCAACUACUACCAGGACCGCGGUUACUUUGAGGAGCUGAUCACGAUGCUGGAGGCCGCACUGGGACUGGAGCGUGCCCACAUGGGCAUGUUCACGGAGCUGGCCAUCCUCUACUCCAAGUUUAAGCCCCAGAAGAUGAGGGAGCACCUGGAGCUCUUCUGGUCUCGUGUUAACAUUCCAAAGGUUCUCAGGGCAGCAGAACAGGCCCACCUGUGGGCGGAGCUGGUGUUCCUCUAUGACAAGUACGAGGAGUACGACAACGCCAUCAUCACCAUGAUGAACCACCCGUCCGACGCCUGGAAGGAGGGCCAGUUCAAAGACAUUGUCACCAAGGUGGCCAACGUGGAGCUGUACUACAAAGCUGUUCAGUUUUACCUGGAGUUCAAACCGUUGUUACUUAACGACCUGCUGAUCGUCCUCUCCCCACGACUGGACCACACACGCGCCGUCAACUUCUUCAGCAAGAUGAAACAGUUGCCUCUGGUGAAACCUUACCUUAGGUCCGUCCAGAAUCACAACAACAAAUCUGUCAACGAGGCUCUGAACAACCUCUUCAUCAUCGAGGAAGACUAUGCGGCGCUGCGCACAUCCAUCGACGCCUACGACAACUUUGACAACAUCUCACUGGCCCAGGGUCUGGAGAAGCACGAGCUCAUAGAGUUCAGGAGGAUCGCAGCCUAUCUGUUCAAGGGCAACAACCGCUGGAAACAGAGCGUGGAACUCUGCAAGAAGGACAAGCUCUACAAGGAUGCCAUGCAGUACGCAUCGGAGUCCAAAGACACGGAGCUGGCAGAGGAGCUCCUGGCCUGGUUCCUGAACGAGGAUAAGAAGGAGUGCUUCGCCGCCUGCCUCUUCACCUGCUACGACCUGCUGCGGCCUGACGUGGUGCUGGAGACCGCCUGGCGACACAACAUCAUGGACUUCUCCAUGCCCUACUUCAUCCAGGUCAUGAGGGAGUAUCUGAGCAAGGUUGAUGCGAUUAAGGAAAAGGUGGACCAGCUUGAAGCCUCCGAGUCCCUGAGGAAACAGGAGGAACAGGCCACCGAGUCCCAGCCCAUCGUAUACGGCACGCCACAGCUCAUGCUCACAGCGGGGCCCAACGUGCCCGUACCCGUGCCCCCCCAGCAGGCCUACGGCUACGGCUACACAGCGGCUCCCCGCCCCACCCAACCCCCACACCCCCACCUCUGGACGGGAAACCGCGGCUCCCAGAAUUCCAGGGUCCUCCAGCCUUGA